CGGACCCCUAGUAAUUGUUAGACUACCGAGACGGUACUCUUGGGGAGCUUCCACUCGACGGAUGCUCUGCAUCGUUACAGACCUACGUCUCUGUGGUGAUUGGACUGUCACAUAGGCAAUCACUCGUUGCAGAGAGCAGUGGGUAGGUUGUGCUGUCCAAAGUUCUGCGCGGGAAGGAGGAGGGUGACGACGACAGAGAGGCAUGUACUUUGAUGUUGUUUGGAGGUGUGGGCGGCGAACGGUGCGUGAGGUCGCUUUGGGCUCCUCCGUUGAGGUUCUUCGUGGCCAAUGUACGAGCUGCAGAAGGAAGCAUGGAAUCGAAGCGUAAGGUUCCGGAACCGGUGAUCCCUUGGUGCGAUCUGUCGAGUAGAGUUGGACUCAACAGUGGCUCGCAAUCCCGUUGAUAAGCUUUCAAGCCUCAUGGUGCGACGACUGUCCGUCAGAGAUCAGACGGCUUACAAUUAUUACAAAAACCAGAGGUUGAGUUUCCGUGUUUCUUUUAUUUUUCUUGGGCCUCCCACCGCCACGCAGAUCACAAGUCGAAGCAAAGGCCUCGAACCGUCCGAUGCUGCUGCUCCGCCCAAAUCCGCACCUGUCCUCCGUCGCCGCCCAAGCCCGCACCCGCGGCUCCCUCCCGCCGUUCCUCUCAUUCUUCUCCCUCCGGCUUCCGUCCCGUAGCCUCCCCGCGCCGUUGCCCCUUUUCUCUACGCCGCCGCGCCGGCCGCGCCGUCUUCCCCAUCCCGCCGCCGGCGACGACGUCGCCGACCAAUACGACGGGUUCGAUGAGGAGCUGCGCCGUCUUCUGGUCCUCCUCCCGCUGGAGAUGCGGAGGCGGGCGGAGGCCCAUCCGGAGCUCCGCCGCCUCGUCGAGAUCGUCAUGGACCUGGGCCGGCGGCCCCUUGCCCGCUUCCCCUCCGGCGACUUCUUUCUCUCCGACUGCCCCAUCUCCUCCCAGGAACUCCACCACGCCGCCUCCCAGGUGGGCGACUUUGCCGCGGAUAAUCGGGCGGGCAUCAGUCGGACGUUGCACCGGAUUAGCGCCAUCAGGAACCGGAAGGGCUCCAUCGUUGGACUCACUUGCCGGGUUGGCCGAUCAGUCACCGGCAGUGCCAAUCUGCUGCGUGAUUUGGUGAAGGAUGGGGGUUCACUGUUACUUAUAGGUCCUCCAGGAGUCGGCAAGACCACAGUCAUCAGAGAAAUAGCAAGGAUGCUUGCAGAUGAUUACAAGAAACGGGUCAUGAUCGUUGACACCUCCAAUGAGAUAGGUGGAGAUGGUGACAUUCCUCAUGCUGGGAUAGGGAGUGCCCGUAGGUUGCAAGUGCCCAACCCUGACAUGCAACACAAGGUGUUGAUCGAAGCAGUAGAAAACCAUAUGCCACAAGUAAUUGUGAUCGAUGAAAUUGGAACUAAGCUAGAAGCGGUAGCUGCUAGUACCAUUGCACAACGUGGUAUCCAGCUUGUUGCCACUGCUCAUGGAGUAACAAUAGAGAAUUUGAUCAUGAAUCCUUCUUUAGAGAUGCUUGUGGGGGGAAUACAAAGUGUUACUUUAGGUGAUGAAGAGGCUAGCAGAAGAGGUGUCCAGAAGACUGUCCUGGAGCGAAAAGGACCUUCAACAUUUACAUUUGGUGCAGAGAUUGUCUCAAAGACUGAAGUACGAGUCCAUCGUAGUUUAGAAGCCACAGUGGAUGCUCUUCUAGCAGGCCGGUCUCCAAAUUUUGAAAUUCGCAAGAUGGACAUCGAAGAGUCGACAGUUGAAACCCUUCCUUUGCAGAAGGAAUCUCUUGGCAAUAUUUUCACUUUGAAGGAAGAAGAAAGCAAGGUCGAGAAUGAUCUUCUAAUUCCUAGUCAAAAGUUGUGCAACAACAUGCCUACUAUUGAAUUUAAGGAAAAAGAGCUUGAUAUAUCUCAUAAAGUUGGAAGAGAUUUCCACCUCUUUGUUUAUGGGAUCAUGGAAUCAAGCAUCUUACAAGCACUAAAACAGUUGGGAAUUGAUGAAAUGAUUGAGAUAACUGAUAAUAUAAGUGAAGCAGAUGCAUUUCUUGCCUUAUCCUCCAAACUCAAAAAGAACUCCCAAAUUCAGGCAGUUGCCAAGUCUCGCGACAUUCCAAUCUUUGUCACAAAGUCAACCUCUUUGGUACAGAUUACAAAGGCUGUAGGUGCCCUUGUUAAUGAACAUGCCAAUGUAUCCAAAUAUCAUAAAGAAGAACACGAAGCAACUUCAUCAGAGAUGGUUGAUGCUCUAGAGGAAGCAAGACUGGCUAUCGAGCAAAUUGUGAUUCCACAAGGGAAGUCCUUACAGCUUCUCCCAAGGCCGCCACAUAUCAUUCCAGUUCAGAUAGACCUGAUCAAGAAGUACAAACUCAAGUGGGAGAUGGUGGGCCAAGAGCCUGGUGUUUAUCUAAGAAUCUUUCCCCUUCCUCUCCAGGCUGGCAUUGGAGAGAAGAAAUCCGUCGAUCAAGUUGUUGAUGAGAACAUUGAGCUCGACGAUUUAAGAAGUUUUGGUGGUACAGAGAGUUCACAAAGUGGGGUACCUAGACUGCCUCUCCUUCCUGAAUGGUAGUAGUCUUUCAGCGGACAAAGUCGACACUACUUUAUCUUCAGAUCAUUUCAGGACGUGGAAGUUCUGCGUGGACACCGACGAUGCCCAAUCUCUUGCACCAAUUGUGCAGGGGAGAUUACUUUGGCAAAACCUCCAAGUUGCUUGCAAAUACCUGUAAUGUGAAUAAUUUUUCUUUAGAUUUUAUCCCUUUUUUUAUUUUUUUUUCCUUCCCUCCCCCAGUGUUCUAAGUCCGCUGAAUGAGCUGCCAAUCAGAAUUCCAGCUUUUAAAAUUGAGUGCGACUGCCACAUUCUUCGUAAUGGUCGGUAAUGAUAUUUAGUGGGAUUCUCGUCAAGUCUGCAUCGGAGGCCACAAACAAGAUGGAUAACAUACUGUUGGUCAUCAACCCGAAGAGAUGAGAAGAGCUGAUGUAUCAUGGAAAGUAGAUAACGUUGAUACGUCCGCCCUUAUCAUUCUUACACCGAGUUUAGGUUGACUCCGAUAAAAGAUCAUAUGAAAGUUUGGGUGGCAUCUAGAGUGCAGAUACCUUUUUGAACACUUUGUUUUCGCACUAGUGAAGGUUCCAAAGUAAUAGAAGUUGGACAUGGAGAGGACUCUGAAUUCAACUUCCAGCAGAAGAGGACUGUGACGUAGAUUAAAAUAUAUAUAUAUUAUUAGAAAUAUAAGUAUGUAACAUUGAAGGUCUUUAAAAUCUUAGUCUUUUGGUAAAUCAAUAACAUAGGCAUUGUUAUUGAUUUUCUUUAUGACCUCGUGGAGAUUAUACUUUUUCUCUCUGUUUAUGAAAAAUAUCUCUUUUUACAAGUAUAACAUAAUUAUAUUUUUUCCGUGGAA